GUGUUGUGGAUGGUUGCAGUACCUCUCUCUGUCCUCCGGGCGGCGCUGUGAUAACUCCGCUCGGUCCCCUCAGCUCCCCGGUGACCCGGAAGUGAAGGACCUGCCGGAGGUCGGCCUCUCGGGGUCACCGGCUCCACCAUGGCGUGGAGGAGCUGCUUCGUUCUGCUCAGACUGACAGGAGAGGAGGUCUCACGGAGCUCCACGAGGGGAGGAAGGUGGCCUCACAGCUUCCAGCAGAGAUGCGGCUUCAAGAAAGCUGCGAAGAAACCAGAGACCAAGAAGGUGGAGGAGGAGCUGGUACCGCCCCACACAGAGACCUCUGAGUCCACAGUCCACCGCCGGACCCCCACCCCUCACGUGGAGCACCAGACUCCCUCAGGCCCCACCAGAGCCUUCGGCCGGCUCGUCAAACCGCUGGUCUUCACCGUGGGGUUCACAGGCUGCUCCUUCGGCUCGGCGGCCAUCUGGCAGUACGAGUCCCUCAAGUCCCGAGUGCAGAGCUACUUCGACGAGAUCAGAGCCGAUUGGCUGGAGAAGCUGCGGCCGCAGAAACGAGGAGACGUCCGCAAAGAGGUUAACCAAUGGUGGAACAGCUUGAGCGAGGGUCAGAGGACGGUCACAGGGAUCAUUGCAGUUAACGCCAUCGUGUUCUGCUGUUGGAGGAUCCCGUCUCUGCAGCGCUCCAUGAUCAAAUACUUCACAGCAAACCCCGCCUCCAAGACUCUGUGCACUCCCAUGCUCCUCUCCACCUUCAGUCACUUCUCGUUCUUCCACAUGGCCGCCAACAUGUACGUCCUGUGGAGCUUCUCCAGCAGCGCCGUCUCUAUGCUGGGUCGGGAGCAGUUCAUGGCGGUCUACCUGUCGGCAGGUGUCGUCUCUUCGUUCGUCAGUUAUGUGUGUAAGAUAGCGACGGGGAGGUUCGGUCCAUCUCUGGGAGCCUCUGGAGCCAUCAUGACCGUCCUCGCUGCGGUCUGCACCAAAAUGCCCGAAGCCAAACUCGCCAUCAUCUUCCUCCCCAUGUUCACCUUCACCGCUGGAAAC